AGCUGACUCCACAUAGUACUCCAUGAAAAAUAGUAGUUAAUGCUAAUCACAUCUCCUCUAAAAACUUUACAACUAGUAGCAGGAAGGAUACUUCUAGCUAGGGUCUCAGAAUAAUGAUGUUAAUUAGCUAGCUUGGCUCGGUGGUUACCUAGCUAGGUUCCCUCUCUCAUCAUCCAUCAAUCCCUAAUCAACCUUGGAGCUCCCGGCCAGCAAUGGGGCACCAGCACCAGCUCUUCGACGACCCCUUCGCCAGCAGCAUCUCCACGCUGGAGGCAGAUAUCUUCUCUGGUGCCGGGGGACACCAGCAGUGGCCGGAACUUGACGUCGACCUCGACCUCGACCUCGACGGGGACUACAGCAUCCCGGCGACGGCCCCGUCGGCGAACAAGGCCGGUACCUCCUCCGGCGGCUCGGGAUCCCACCGUAAGAUCAGCCACAACGCGUACGAGCGCGACCGCCGGAAGCAGAUCAACGGGCUCUACUCCUCCCUCCGCUCCCUCCUCCCUGACACCGAUCACACCAAGAAGCUGAGCGUUCCGAUCACAGUGACGAAGGUGCUGGAGUACAUCCCGGAGCUGCAGAAGCAGGUGGACACUCUGGAGAAGAAGAAAGAGAAGCUGACCCGAGCGAGCUGCAAUCCGGGCGUGCUCACCAUGAAGGAGAACACAGCUCCAAUCGUCUCCGCAACCUGCCUAGACGACAGGGACAUCAUGGUCCAGGUCAGCCUGCUGAGCAACAUGGUCGGUGCUCUGCCAAUGUCCAAGUGCAUCAAAGUGCUUGAGAACGAAGGGCUUCGCCUCAUCAGUUCGUCGACCUCCCCCUUUCAGAGCAGGACGUUAUAUAGCCUCCAUCUCCAGAGAACCCAACAAACAAUGGGAAAGGAUUGUCCGGCAUUCUGUCAUGAACUGGAGAAUGCCAUCAAGAAGAAAGCAGGACUAUAUCUACAGCACUAGUAACGAUGUGUGUUGUUGUAUUUAACUACCAUGAAUCACAAUGCAUGCACUAGAUAGUAUUGAUGCAUGCAUGUCAUAAUCUACGAUCUGUUUACGGAGGUCUGUACACGGUUGAAGGACACGGCGAGGGAUACUGUUUCCCUACAUGGGUGACAGCAUAAUCUACGGAUUGGGCCUCCGUCUUCACCUUAGGCGUUUUACAUUUGCUCAUGUCUGAUAUGUAAUUCUCCUUUUUUAGCACUCCAGACUUUUGAGACUUUUUAAACGGCUGUGUGCAUCUUAGCUAUGUAGAGGUCGAGUGUAAUUGUUUUUUAUGAUUUUAUGAGUAAUAAAGCGCCUAUUAUAAAAAAAUGCCAUAAUGA